AUGGAACCAAGAAACCAAACAGAUGUUUCAGAAUUCCUUCUCCUGGGACUGACAGAGGAUCGGGAACUGCAGCCUCUCCUUUUUAGCCUCUUUCUGUCCCUAUAUCUGGUCACUGUCCUGGGAAACUUGCUCAUCAUCCUGGCGGUCAGCUCUGACCCCCACCUCCACACCCCCAUGUACUUCUUUGUUUGCAAUCUCUCCUUUACUGACAUCUGUUUCAGCACCACCACGAUCCCAAAGAUGCUGGUGAACCUCCAAGCACAGAAUCAGAGCAUCACUUAUGCAGGAUGCCUCACCCAGGCCUGCUUUGUCAUGAUUUUUAGUACUUUGGAAAGUUUUCUCCUUGGAGUAAUGGCCUAUGACCGCUAUGUGGCUAUUUGUCACCCACUGAGGUACAUGGUCAUCAUGGACACCCGCUUCUGUGGCCUGCUGAUUCUAGUCUCCUUGUUCGUUAGCAUUGUGGAUGCCCUGCUCCACACUCUGAUGUUGUUGCGACUGUUCUUCUGCGCAGAUCUGGAAACCCUUUACUUAUUCUGUGAAGUUUUUCAGGUCAUCAAAGUUGCCUGUUCUGAAAACCUCAUCAAUAACAUCAUCUUGUAUUUUGCAGUUAGCAUACUAGGUGUUCUUCCUUUCUCUGGAAUCAUUUUCUCUUAUACUCAAAUUGUCUCCUCCAUUUUGAGAAUGCCAUCAGCAGGUGGAAAGUAUAAAGCUUCUUCUACCUGUGGGUCUCACCUCUCAGUUGUUUCCUUAUUCUACGGGACAGCUUUUGGUGCAUAUAUAAGUACGACAUUUACACACUCUUCCAAGAAAACUGCAGUAGCUUCAAUGAUAUACACUAUGGUAACUCCCAUGAUGAACCCUUUCAUCUACAGCCUGAGAAACAGGGACAUGAAGGCAGCCUUGAGGAGUGUUAUCAGGGGCACAACUGCUUUUCAGUGA